UGCUUCCAAAUCAAACGACAAACCAUCAUACCACAUAUCAUGUCUCAAAUUACUCAUAUCUCCUAUUCCUCUGUUUUUUUCCCGACAAUUUUGGGGAAACAAAUAGUCCCUCUUGUUGAUGAAGCUUUUUGUUGGUAUCCUGGUCCAGAGCACGUUGCUACUCCUUUGCCAAUUUCCAAUUCAGGCUCUGACGCAGCUGUGACUGAACUUUGUGUUCUUGGUAAGAAAGUGACCAUCUCAGAUCUUUCUCAAUGCAAAGAUGAUGACUUUAUGCAGAAGAUUGCCACGUUUCCUGGGGAAGAAGAUGAAGAGGCAGAGAACGGUGUGAUUGUUACUGAAGGCAUUGUUGAGGAAUACCUAGCAGUUGAUCACCGAGAGUUGGAAGACGACUGUGAGAAGUUGGCUCCUACUUUGCAAAAUGAAAGCAGACUGGGGCUACCUCCAGUGUCUCCGAGUCACUGCAGGAGAAAUAUAAUCGUGGCAGAGCUCUUUGAUGAGGUGUGGCUGGAAGUCCUGGGUUGCAUGGAGGAGCUGAUCCGGAAGCACUGGGAAGGGCAUGUUUCAGAUGAAGAGAAGAGCACUGCCUCAGAUGAAAGUGCAGGAAUCGAGCCCAAAAAUUUGUUCUUGCCUCUCGAACCGCAGCCAUCGCAAGUUCAAGUGCCAGCUUUGAGCUCUUAUUUAACAAAAUCUCAGGUUGGCAAGGUGUAACCAGUGGUGUGCUUUUUACAAUUUAUAUAAAUGACUUGGAUGAAGGGACAGAGGCAUGGUUGUAAAUUUUAACAAGGAUGACAUAAAGAAAGAUAGAAAAGGUUGUGAUACUUUGGAACUCUCUUCAAAAGUGAUGGAAGC